GCAUAUCACCGAUGUCUGCUCCGCUUAUAUCUGAUAAGUCGGUAAAUGAUGAAAGACCUUUCUCUCUCUCUGGAAGAAGAACGCGUCCAAGAAAGCGAGGUCAAGUUUCUCUAUCUCUACCUCUCUCUCUCUCUCCCCCACAAUCUCCUCCUUUAUUCAUUCUCUCUCCAUUUCUCUAAAAGCAGCUCUUCAAAACCCUAGAAAUUCUCGUGAUUUGGGCUGCAAUCAGUUUCGUCUGGCUUGUACAGAUCUCCAGAGCUCUCACCGAGCUCGGAUUCGUACGUAAUCGUGUGUUUUGGGGUGUUUUUUUUUCCACCGUUUAGCUUCUUGUUAGGACGUUGGAUUUGAGAUUACAAGCUUCAAAGAAUGUCAUCGUUAAGCCGAGAGCUUGUAUUUCUCAUACUGCAAUUCCUCGAGGAAGAGAAAUUCAAGGAGUCUGUGCACAGGCUCGAGAAGGAGUCAGGGUUCUUCUUCAAUACAAAGUAUUUCGACGAGAAAGUUCUUGCUGGAGAAUGGGAUGAAGUCGAGCAGUACUUGUCUGGGUUUACCAAGGUUGAUGAUAACAGAUACUCAAUGAAGAUUUUCUUUGAAAUUAGGAAGCAGAAGUAUCUCGAGGCUCUUGAUGGGGAAAAUGAGCAGCUUUCUAAAUAUGGGGAUACCAAAACAGCUCGGAGCAUAAUGUUAGGAGAACUAAAGAAACUAAUCGAAGCUAAUCCUCUUUUCCGUGAUAAACUGAUGUUCCCUACCUUGAGAUCUUCGAGACUGCGGACUCUGAUUAACCAAAGCCUAAAUUGGCAGCACCAGUUGUGCAAGAAUCCUCGGCCAAACCCAGAUAUUAAAACUCUAUUCACAGACCACACGUGCGCAGUUCCUAAUGGCCCACUGGCUCCUUCACCGGUCAACCAGCCUGUUACAACUUUGACAAAGCCAGCAACUUUUCCGUCGCUUGGAGCUCAUGGUGUAAGAAACCACAAUGUCUUGACUGCUUUAUUUAUUUUCUUGAAGCGACCAAGAACACCACCAGCAACUCCAGGUAUAGUAGAUUAUCAGAAUCCUGAUCAUGAACUAAUGAAGCGUCUCCGUACUGCCCCAUCUGUUGAGGAGGUGACAUAUUCUGCUCCGAGGCAGCAAGCUCCAUGGUCGUUAGAAGACUUGCCAUUAAAGGUGGCUCUAGCGUUGCCCCAAGGGUCCACUGUGACAAGCAUGGAGUUCCACCCUAUGCAAGAUACGUUACUUCUUGUCGGAUUUGCGACCGGAGAAAUCACAUUGUGGGAACUCGCUGCUCGAGAGAGGCUGGUUUCAAGGCGAUUCAAAAUAUGGGAUAUGGCUAAUUGCUCACAUCAGUUUCAGGCUUUGAUGGCUAAAGAAACACCAAUAUCUGUGACCCGCGUCGCAUGGAGUCCAGAUGGAAAUUUCAUUGGGGUUGCUUAUACGAAGCAUCUUGUUCACUUGUAUGCUUUCUCUGGACCUAAUGAUCUUCGCCAGCAUACUGAGAUUGAUGCUCAUGUGGGUGCUGUAAACGACUUGGCUUUCGCUAAUCCAAACAGACAACUGUGUGUAGUCACUUGCGGAGAUGAUAAGCUAAUCAAGGUCUGGGAUGUUUCAGGUCGGAAGCAUUUUACCUUUGAAGGUCACGAUGCACCUGUUUAUUCCAUUUGCCCUCAUCACAAAGAGAACAUUCAGUUCAUUUUUUCAACGGCCAUAGAUGGGAAAAUAAAGGCCUGGCUUUAUGAUAAUCUGGGUUCCAGAGUUGACUAUGAUGCUCCCGGUAAAUGGUGUACGACGAUGCUUUACAGUGCUGAUGGGACUAGAUUGUUCUCUUGUGGAACGAGUAAAGAGGGAGAUUUUUCCCUAGUUGAGUGGAACGAGAGUGAAGGAUCAAUUAAAAGAACCUAUCUUGGGUUUUUGAAAAAGUUGGCAGGUAUGGUUCAGUUCGAUACCUCAAAGAACCACUUUCUGGCUGUUGGUGAAGAUGGGCAAAUAAAGUUCUGGGAUAUGGACAACAUCAAUGUUCUGACUAGCACUGAUGCUGAGGGUGGACUUCCGGCUCUUCCUCGUUUGAGAUUUAACAGGGAAGGCAAUCUUCUAGCCGUUACUACGGCAGAUAACGGAUUGAAGAUCCUAGCAAACCCAGCUGGUUUCCGAUCUCUGAGAUCCAUGGGACCUUCAGCUUUUGAAACGAUGAGGACUCCAGUCGAUUCUUCUGGAAUCAUUAAAGCUGUUCCCGGUGCUCCUGUUGCGUCUGUCAGCUGUAAAGUUGAAAGAGGCUCUCCUGUUAGAGUCUCACCAAUGCUGAAUGGAGUUGAUCCCUCAAAGUCAAGAAUCGACGACUCAACAGACAAACCAAAGCCUUGGCAGUUAGCUGAAAUCUUGGACCCUGCACAGUGUCGCCAAGCUACUUUACCCGAUACCGCUGGUUCUUCCACAAAGGUCGUCCGGCUUCUGUAUACAAAUUCUGGCGGUGGAAUCUUAGCACUAGGUUUUAAUGGUAGUCAGAGACUCUGGAAGUGGGUUCGCAAUGAGCAAAACCCUAGUGGAAAGGCAACUGCUACUGUUGUUCCUCAGCAUUGGCAACCAAACAGUGGUCUUCUCAUGACCAACGAUGUUUCUGGUGUAAACCUUGAAGAGGCAGCCCCAUGCAUAGCUCUCUCUAAGAACGACUCAUAUGUCAUGUCGGCUGUUGGAGGAAAAGUCUCGUUGUUCAACAUGAUGACUUUUAAGGUGAUGACGACGUUCAUGCCGCCUCCACCGGCAUCAACAUUUUUGGCGUUCCAUCCUCAGGACAACAACGUCAUCGCUAUUGGAAUGGAGGACUCCACGAUUCACAUCUACAAUGUCCGAGUGGAUGAGGUCAAAUCAAAGCUAAAGGGUCACCAGAAACGCAUCACUGGCUUAGCAUUUUCCACAACCCUCAAGAUCUUGGUUUCAUCUGGCGCUGAUGCACAGAUAUCCUUUUGGAGCAUUGACACAUGGGAGAAGAGGAAAUCCGUUGCAAUACAAAUGCCAGCAGGAAAAGCCGCCAAUGGAGACACGCGUGUUCAGUUUCAUGUGGAUCAGAUCCGUAUCCUGGCAGUCCACGAGACACAACUGGCGAUUUUUGAUGCUUCCAAGAUGGAAUGUAUACGACAGUGGAUUCCACAAGACUCGUUGUCUGCUCCGAUAUCAUCAGCAGUGUACUCCUGCAACAGCCAGUUGAUCUACACCGCUUUCCGCGAUGGUAACCUUGGAGUGUUCGACGCAGACACUCUCAGAUUAAGAUGUCGUAUCUCUCCAUCUGCCUACUCGCCUCCAGGGAACCAAGGCUUGUCCCCUCUAGUUGUGGCAGCGCACCCCCAAGAGCCAAACCAGUUUGCGGUCGGUUUGAAUGAUGGGUCAGUUAAGGUGAUAGAACCGACCGAGGCUGAAGGCAAGUGGGGUAUGGUUCCACCCUCUGAAGCCAUCAACACUUCACCUUCUACAACAAGCAACCAAACUCCAGAACAGUUGCAAAGAUGAGCAAAACCACAAUGGGUUUACUCAUAAUAAAUCCAUGUAAAGCUCUCCAUAUUAUUCCUUCAGGUUCGCUAGUUAGUGGUGUUGUUGAUUAUUAUAGGCAGUGUUAGUGGAUCUCAGUUUCAAGAUCUUUAAGAUAUUAAAGUUUGUAACUAUGGUAAGAAAUAAAGUUUGUAUAAUUAUCUGCAAGUCUCAGAGUGAUUUAAGAAACAAGACAUGACUAAUGAGUAAAUCGGCAAG